AUGGCCGAGGACUGGGAUCCGUUCGCAGACCCUGCGGAUGAGGAUCACCAAGAGCCCGCACAAGCUGCGGAGUGCCAGGCCUUGGUCGCAUCUGUCCUGGACGACACCUCGGGCAGGUCGCCUGAGAGCUCGACACUUUGCCCGGAGCUCUGCUUCGCUGCUCCCAGAAAGACGUCUCCAGUGCGGGUACCAGGCAUCAAGCACCCCCUUCAGCACAUCGGCGUUAUGUGUGACGUCAUGCGGUCAUCGUACUUCCUUCGUACAUCGUUGCAGGGGGGCCAGCCGGUGAUGUGCAAGCAGGGCCGGAAGCAAAGCCGCGCAACAUUUUGCCAAAAGCCGUGCCUCCUACACGUGGAGCGAGCCAGGCCAAUCUGGCGUAGCAAGGGCCGUCGCAAGGGAGGCGGCAAAGGCCCGCGUCCAGCUUUGUCGGUGCGCCGUUCGAUGGCUCGGGCUCGGGUGCAUCGCAGGCAAGGACGCAGGACCUGCCAAGCGAAGAGUCAGCGGCCCCAGAUCCUACUCGCGCCGCAAGGUUCGAACUGCUUGCCAGGACACGCUGCCUGGCUCUUGGGCUUGGGCUCGGCCAUUCAGGAGCCUACCAAAGAGCUGCCUGAAGGCGCCACAUGCGCCACGCACCAUGUGUGCGUGGCUUCGUGUCCCGUGCACUUCGGAGGUGCCAAGGAGGAGCCGGAGACGAUGCCCACGGCUGCUUGGCUGAUGCUCGUCCUGGAGCCACUGGAGCCUUUGAGCAAAGCUCGCGAAGUUGAAAGUGCAGAAGCCGAGAGCACACGAGCCGAGAGCCCUCGGGACACCGACAGCCCCGCCGCGAAGACCGUCGAUCAGGAGGCAUCCUACAUGGAAGGGAGCACCUCCACAGGAGACGGUGCUGAGGGUGAUAGCAUGGAGGGCAUCCCAGCUGCAUUCGGCAAUAUUCAGCACAAGGAGCUCUUCUUCAAGCUUGGAGAAGUUGAUGAGAAGCCAUCGUCCUCUUCAGCUCCGUCGGAGCACGGCACGUGGGGCGAGAAGGGUUCUCUGGCUCGCCUGUUGCGGCGCGAGGGCUUGGAGAUGCCGAUGGUGAGAGUCAACGAUCACAAAUUAAUGCGGCCCUGCCAGUACAGCAGUCUGACCGCUUUGGCGGCCCCCGGAGCCGCCGUGGUGCUGGCUGAUCCAAAAAUGGAGACCGUGUUUCUGAUCGUGGGAGCAGUUGGCUUUGCGGCUGCGUUUAUCGUGAAGUUCAUUCUGCCAGACCCAAAGGAUGAACCAGUGGACAUCGAAGCAGCAAAAGCCAGGCCUAGACCGGAGUGGGUGAUUCAGCGAGAUCUGAAGGAGGCCGAGGAGAUGAAGAAAUCCAAGGAGUUCAAGGAAAGGCAGAGGGGCCGUGGCAUGCGUGAGGGCAUCAUGCCUCGCUGA